UUUGACACCUUCCGGGGCGAGAAGAGCGCGACAAGUGAUAAGGAUGAAAUCAUUGCCGCCCUUCGUGAGAGCUUUGACACCUUCCGGGGUGAGAAGAGCGAGACAAAUGAUAAGGAUGAAAUCAUUGCUGCGCUUCGCGAGCACCUUGAAAGCUUCCGCGGUGAGCGGACCGACAAGGACGAAAUCAUUGCCGCUCUACGGGAAAACCUCGAGACUUUCCGUGAUGAGGGCAGUCGUUCGCGGGAUCUUGGCGAUAAUGAGUUCUCAACUGGUGACCUGAUUGACGUCUUCAAUGAUGGUGUUGGGAAUAUUCGGGAUGACCUGGGCAAACUGUUGGAGAGACCAGUGGAAUUCGAUUACAACGAACUUCUCGACACUCUGAAAGAAGGACUAAGCAGUCUCAAAGCUGACGUCGAGAUGUUGCGCAAGUCCCAGCUGGACGCCGAAGACGUUACCACAACUAGAGGUGGAGAGCUAAUGCUUGCUAAUCAAGCCAACCAACCUAUCCCACAUACUCAGCCCGACAUUAGUAGCGACAUGGAAGCGCUCAAAUCUCUGAUUUCCCAGCUUCAAACGAAGGUCGAAGCCAUUGAAUCCGCACCGCGCGCCGCGGAACCAGCCACAGACGCUCUCAAGAAAGAACACCUGGAUGAGGUCCUGGCAGGCCUACAUGAACUCCAGGGCUCUGUCACGGGCAUUGUGGCGCGCGAGAACCCUACAGAGGAGACAACCGCCAAGAAGGAGGACACAGAGGCGAUCGAGGCCUUAUUGCGGAGCACGAAGGCUCAGCUCGACGAGAUGAAGUUCCCCGCUGUGGAUGAGCUCGCAAGAGCCGAGCAGCUUGGCAGCUUAGAAACUAUAGUGAAGGAGACGAAGGAUGCCCUAUUCGAACUAAGCACCCGCCUGGAAGCUGAGGGCCCGACCAAGUCCGAGAUCGGUACUUUGGAGACUCUCAUGAAGGAUAUGUGGCUGGCCCUCGACGAGUUGAAAGGCAAAAACCCAGAAGGCGCGAGCGACACUGAGAAAUUGGUUAAAGCCGACCUGCAGACGGUAGAGGCCAUGAUCUUCGAAGUGAAGACGCAAAUCGACGAGCUUAAGCUCCCCGACCCUGAGACCUUGCCUACUAAGACGGAGGUUCAGGAUCUAUCCGCUCUGGUAACUGAAUUCAGGGAGAAGGUGGAGGCUGAGAAUGAGUUGACAGCCCAAGGAUUUGAAGCCCGUAAAGUGGAACACGCCGGUCUUGCUGAGAAGAUCGAGGAGGCCAAGGCUGUGGUCGAAGGACUUGGCGAUGAACUUAAGAGCAAGCUGGACGGAAGUAGUGAGGGUCUCUCUGAGUUGAAGCAGCUUCUGGAAGGCUUAGCAGUCUCCGCGGAGAGCUUUACGACAGUUGAAAAUGUUAAGGAACUCACAGAACUCAUCAAUCGCGAGUUCGAGCGGGCACGCGGCGAACAGGACGCGCACAAGCUCGAAAAAGAGGAGCGCGACGCCGCCUCUCUUGUCAAGCAGGAUGAGACCAGAGCAGCUAUCAUUGUGGAGCUCGGAGCGAAGAUCGACGAGAAACUGGGUGAAGUCAUGGCCAAGUACGACGAUAUGCAGACUGCGAUGGAUACAAAAUUCUCGGAGUCGGUUGAACGUGACAACACCCACCUUGAAGCCGCAACUAAUACCAAAUCUCUUGCGGAGGACAUCAAGCUUGUUAUCGGUACCAUGGGCGACAGCGUCAAUGAGGCCUGUGAGCGCAUCACUGAGGAUACCAAGUCCUUCCUGGAGAAGGUGGACGUCUCCUACAACAAGAUGGAAGAGAUGCACAACGAAGUGAAGACUCAGCAGGAACAGGCCCGAUCCGACAUUGAGCGAGCUGCAGCUGCAACUGAUCGUGUGGAAAGCAAGCUGCAUGAGUUCCACCCCCAGGUCUUGGAAUCUAUCCAGGAGAUUCUCAACAUUGUUGGUCAGCAUUACGAUCAUUCACAGAAGUCUGCUGAGGCUAUCAAGACGGACCUGUCUGCCCUUCCUUCGACUAUUCCCCAGAUGUUCCCCGCUUUACCACCCCCCGAGCCGGAAAAGUACGAUGACAGCAAGGUCCAGGAGAAGCUGGAUAAUCUGUUGCAUCAUGCAAAGAAUGAAAAGGUGCAGGAGGCCCUGAACAUUCUGGUCGAGCGGGUAACGAACGACCAGGUGCACGAGAAACUUGAUCAGCUCCUCAGCCAGACGACCAGCACCAAUAGUCAGAUGUAUGACAAGUUGGAUGAGCUGCUCAACCACGCUGCGGAGAACAACGGGCCAAUUCAUGACAAGCUUGAUACUCUCAUCGACCACGCAACCAAUACUGAUCAGUCCGUCACGCAGAUGAUGAAGCUGGACGAGAUGCACAAGGAUAUCAUGGAGACGUCCCGCAAGAUGACCGAGAUGUUUGCCGCUCAGUCCGCAAUCGUAGCCGAAGACAACGAACGCAAACGCCGCGAGGCGGAAGAGGCUGCGGUUGCGCUCGAGAGGAGAAACGCACAGAAAGAGCAAGUGGAAUCCGAAAUUGUCGACCUCAAGGAUGAGAAGGAGUCUCUUCUGAAGAUGAUCCAGACCCUGAAGGCCGAGAAGGAGGACCUUGUUAAGCAGACUACGAAACUCGGCAAGGAGCUGUCCAGCUUGGAGAUGGCUCUCGAGCUCCGCCACGAAGAGAUGCAGGUCAUGGAGGAUCGUGCAGACAGCCUCGAGAAACGCAUCCUGGAAGGUGUUCUCGACCACGCUCGCAGUGUUUUGCUCAGCCGGCCCAACAAUGGUCUGAAUAUGAAGAAGUCGCGGGGCUCUCGGGCUCGAGGCCCUAGCAAUUCCAGCACUGCACGGGAGGCUCGGAAUAUCUUGAGCAGCAGUGUUGGUAUGGCACUAAGGAAGCGGUCUCAGGCACCGUCGCAGGCCGGCGCGGCUACUCCGACGAAGGACGGCAAGGAGAGGCGCAUCCUCAGUCUGAGUAACAUGACUGGCAACCGCGGACCUACCGAUCGCCAGUCUAGUGUCAGCAGUGGGUUUGCCAGCUUGAAGCGCAGUCACUCCGUGAAGUCCAACGUCUCCGACCGCAAGUCUUCCUGGGGUGGCAGAAGCUCCGUGCUGAACAAAGAGAACGAGGGGCUCCCCGAGGAGGAUGAGAACCGUAGCGACAUCGAAAGCGACGCGGGUACAGAGCGAAAAACGAGCUAUGCCGGCAGUAUGAUGUACGGAGCAGGUAGCACUGUGUCUAAUGAUCGACGGUUGAGUGGCUCCAGCACCGCCACUGAGAUUAUUGGCCAGGGCGCUCGCUCAGUUGCGAAUGAUGGAGACGGUGCUUCGGAGACACAUGACGAUCCUAAGGGCGACGACCCCGAGCUUGAUUCAGAGUCAUCUAAAAUGGUGCUCUACGGACAACAUAGCGAUAGUGGGAUUGGGGUUGCGAGCGUCGCGGGAUAG